AUGACCUGUCGUGACCAAUGCGUCUGUGUCGACGGGAACCUGAUCUGUACCGACCUGUGCCGCGAGGUGGAGCGGGAACUAACCCCGCCGGGACUCGUCUGCUACUACCAGUUGCCGGGGCGAUCAGCGUCUGUAUCAGCUGCGUCUCUGGUCGGAGUCCGGCAGCGCGAAAUGCGUCAAGACGGCGCCAGAUCGUCUGAACGUCCGGACCAGGAUCAGUCUGGAUCCGGCUAUUGGUCGUCACGACUGAUUGCUCAACUCUUCCGGCCACAAUUGAUCCCACCGGCGCCGGGCGGAUGCUGUCGCCGAUGGGCGUGUCUCCCAGUUCCCGGAGUUCCGCUGUCGGCAAUCGCUGAACUGACCGAUCGACACAAUCUGAAGGCCGGACAGUCGACGCUUGGGUCCAGCACGGCCAACGGACAGCUCGGAAUGAGGCAGUUGCCGGUCAGGUACGUGGAUCACAGCCUCCCAGUGGAAGGAGUAAGACGUACAGGUGAGCAAAGAUGGAACCGUACUCGGAGCUUUCUGAUGUUUUCGCUUAUCUCUGGAAGACAUGAAUGCUCCCCUGACUGGUACCAUUUGCCAGAGCAUCUUUUCAAAUGA